CUUUUGACGAAACGACGACUGUACCAUGUGGCAUGUAAAUGAGUAUGGAAAGUACAAGUGUAAUGGACUAAUCGUGGGAUUGAUACUUGAUAGUGGAUUCAACCACUCAAAAAGUGUAACGGAGUAAAAAAAUCUCUCAUAUCCAAAGUAGUGUAAUCCAUUGUAACCAGGUUUCAUCAGAAAGCCUUUGGAUUGUAAUAAUCCUUUCGUGUCCUUUCGUUUCUCUCACUCCACUCUGCAAUCUACUUCAUCGUCGACAUCUUCUUGCGCAUUUCAAAGGUUAGCUUAACUCUGUUGAAAGAUGGCUUCUCGGGUGGUGAGGACUAGUAUGAGACUUCGAAGGAGGGAUGGUGUGACUCAAAACGAACACCAGGGAGAUCAACAAGUGGCUGACCAAGCUCCAACGGUGCCUCAGAUUGUGGCUACUCCUCCUAGGAUCAAUGUGGUUGCUAUUGAAGAUGAUGAUGAUGUUGUUGAAUCAACUGCUUCUGCUUUUGCUCAGGCUAAAAACAAAUCGAGAAGUGCACGCAGAGGAUCACAAGUAGUUGAUGUGGAGUCAGCUGGUGCUAAUAGAUCCACAAGGCGUCGCUCUGAUCAAACUAGUGUUGACUCAGUUGAGCUUAACAAGCCGAGAAAGUCCAAGGCUGUGGCUCCUCCUGUAGAGGAACCAAAAUUUAGCUGUCCAAUCUGUCUGUGUCCAUUUACUCAGGAGGUUUCAACGAAAUGUGGUCAUAUUUUCUGCAAAAAGUGCAUAAAGAAUGCGUUAUCCCUCCAAGCUAAAUGCCCGACAUGUAGGAAAAAAAUCACUGUUAAGGACCUUAUCCGGGUCUUCCUUCCAACCACCAGAUGAAUGAUACAGAAACAUCACUAGUAGCCAUGGAUAGUGGUCUAGCGAUUCUACCUCCAACGAUGAAGAAAUGUUGUUCAUUAGUUGUAGUUUGUUAUGUCAAUAUUGUUCUGUUUUGUAAGAGAAAUAUCUAGGAAUUAUGGAAGACCUGAUUUUCUAAUGGAUAUCGUUCAUUGGUGAUCUUCAUUAUUUGAGUAGUUCCUUAUUGCUUAGUGAUUGUUGAGAUAUUUUAGGAGAUAUUGUUGAAUCUUAAGAAAAAGCAUUCUACAUCAUAACUCAUAAGCCUCUGUAUGCAUGUUCUCUCUCAAGUUCACUAGAAGGCAGUAAUGGCAUCUGCACAUUUUUCUGUUGGUC